GGAUCCUGAGCUGGACAAAGGAGGACGCAGAGGCCGGCGGCCUCUUCGCAAAGAAAGAUUGCACCUCUGCAGCCGCCGUAGCCUAGCCGGAAAUGUGGUUCUGCCACGUUUCGCGCCUAGAGGUCCGGAAGGACGAGUUCUGAGAUGGCUGAAGGCAGGAUCCCCGGGGCCCAGCUGUGCUCCGAGCAGUUCGGUUCCGGGGCGGCCCGGGGCUGCCUCGCCGCCGCCGAUGGGAGCCUGCAGUGGGAGGUUUCGGGGUGGCGCUGGUGGGGGUUCUCUGGGCCCUUCACAGCAAAACCCCAAGGACGGGGUGGCGGCGCCGGGGGCACUCCCGGGACUGCUUCACCACGUCUCUCCGGUCUCAUGGCCGUGUUCCUGCCGCAGGGCUUCCCCGAUAGCGUCAGCGCGGACUACCUGCCCUACCAGCUCUGGGAUUCCGUGCAGGCCUUUGCUUCCAGCCUCUCAGGCUCCCUGGCCACCCAUGCAGUCUUGCUGGGCAUAGGGGUGGGGAACGCAAAAGCUUCUGUUUCAGCUGCCACUGCCACCUGGUUGGUGAAAGAUUCAACUGGCAUGCUGGGCCGCAUCAUCUUUGCCUGGUGGAAGGGGAGUAAACUGGACUGCAAUGCCAAGCAGUGGAGGCUUUUUGCUGAUAUCCUCAACGAUGUAGCCAUGUUCCUCGAGAUUAUGGCUCCCAUAUAUCCAGUCUUUUUCACCAUGACCGUCUGUACCAGCAACCUGGCCAAGUGCAUUGUGAGCGUGGCUGGUGGGGCCACUCGGGCUGCCCUGACCAUGCACCAGGCCAGGAGAAACAACAUGGCUGAUGUGUCAGCCAAGGAUAGCAGCCAGGAGACAUUGGUAAACCUGGCAGGGCUCCUGGUCAGCCUCUUGAUGCUUCCCCUGGUGUCAGCUUGCCCUAGCUUCAGCCUCGGUUGUUUCUUCUUCCUCACUGCCCUUCACAUCUACGCCAACUACCGGGCAGUCCGAGCCCUUGUCCUAGAGACCUUGAAUGAAGGCCGGCUCCGGCUGGUCCUGAAGCACUUCCUUCAGAGGGGAGAGGUACUUGGCCCCACCUCAGCUAAUCAGACGGAGCCACUGUGGACAGGUUUUUGGCCGUCUCUGUCUCUAUCCCUGGGGGUCCCCCUACACCGCUUGAUCUCCAGUGUCUUUGAACUGCAACAGCUGGCUGAGGGACACCAAGAACCCUACCUCCUUCGCUGGGACCAGUCACAAAAGCAGGUGCAAGUUGUUUUGAGCCAGAUGGCAGGCCCUGAAACCAUCCUAAGGGCUGCCACACAUGGACUGGUGCUUGAAGCCCUGCAAGGAGAUGGGCCCCUCCCAAGAGAACUGGAGGAACUGAGGAACCGAGUACGGGCAGGUCCUGAGAAAGAGAGCUGGGUCAUCGUCAGGGAGACACACCGAGUGUUGGACAGGCUGUUCCCAGAGUUCUUGAGAGGACUGCAGGGUGCAGGCUGGAAGACUGAGAAGCACCAGCUAGAGGUGGAUGAGUGGAGGGCCACGUGGCUUCUCUCUCCGGAAAAGAAGAUCUUGUGAGCAGCCCAGAUAGAGGCCCAGGUCCCAGGAUAGGAGCCUGGAGCAAGCACACUUUGGCCACAGCAGGAUGUGGGAACAGCGGCUUUAUUUUCGCUUAGGGGAACUGCUGUGGCAGUUUGGCCAAGGCCUCAUGGGCUAUAACUGCCAGUCAGAUGGACAGGGCCCCCAGACAGAGAUGAAGUGGCGAGAAGGGGAACCAGGGCCUACCCCCUC